CCCGACUGGCGCGCGAUGAAGCUAGCGCCGUCGCGUAUUUACUAGUUGACAAGACCCCUGCCCAUGCCCUGCAUUCGCAAGCUCCAGGUAUCAACAACACACGCCGCCCCGCCUACCUGUCGCCAGACGUCUACUGUGAUAGCAAUUCACUCACUACUACCCGUCAUUCCGCAAAUAUGACGUCGCCUGCUUCACCGCGCCUUCCUAGCCCGCCGCCAAUCCCAGAAGACCAGCUCUCGCCCGUGUCCGCGUCCCCAGAGCAGCAGAAGUUGUUCAGCAACCUCGACCAUGCCGCCGAACGGAGGAUAAGACCGGGAACCAAGGCGGAGGAUAUGGCAGAGGGGCCGCCACUGGUAGACUUAUCAGAGAUUGAUUCGGCAUUUCAACUUACAGAACACCUCAAAGCCCUCCACAACUCGCUUACGCACCCCGCCGGCUCGAAUGGCACUGUGCCAGUAGACAGAAACAUGGCACUGAAGAUAGCACAAUCACCUGCCAAUGUGGACAGGACUCUUUGGCUAUACGAGCUGUGCCGCUUCCUUAUACAAAAGGUUAACUCUAUCAUUACCGCCCUCUUCGCAGACGACCCACCAUGUUCGUCCCUGACGUGUCCCGAGAUGCGCGCUUCCGAGUGGCAGUACCUUUGCGCAGUACACGACCCGCCAAAGUCAUGUUGUGCCAUCGACUACUGCUGCCACACGCUCGACUGGGCGGCCAACACCCUCACAUCACCCAAGCACUUUCCUUCAAGGCUCGCGCUUGGAACCGACUCGUCAACACAGCAUUCGCAAAUGCGCCAGUUGACCAACAUAUUCAGGCGUGUAUACAGAAUCUUUGCGCACGCAUGGUACUCGCACCGAGAAGUCUUUUGGAAGGUCGAGGGGCGCACAGGCCUAUACAUAUUCUAUAAGACGGUCUGCGAUGUAUACGGUCUGGUACCGGAGGACAACUACACCAUCCCUCCUGAGGCCGAGGGCAUUGAGCCAUCAACCGAGGUCAAGCCGUCAGCGCCACCUCUGAUCAUGAAGCGAGAGCCCUCUGAUUCGACAUCAGAGAUUUCAAGUAACACACUGGCAGACGGAAUGUCCGAUCAUUCGCUGUCGACAGCCGGUACAACCAAGCGACAUAGGCAUUCGCCAUCAGUUGGAGCCACGGCCGUUCAAACAGUUGUAGAGGAGAAUGAGGAAGAGGAGGACCGCCCUGUUCUUCAGGCGCGGCCAGUCACUCAAAUCUUCGAGUCAGCACAGGAGGACGAGGAAGAGGAGGAAGGCGACAGCGAUGGGGACGUUACGGCUAUCGAAGAUAAUAACGAAGAAGACGAUGAUGACGAAGAUGAUGACGAGGACGAAGACGAAGACGAGGCUGAAGCUGCUGAGGAGAUAACACAAGCAGAUGCCAAGGACCCCACGACUGAAGCAGCCAAGGAAGACGGGGGCGAAGAGAAGGCAGCGGGUACCUCGCACGAGGAAGAAGAAAAGAAGGACGACGAUGCCGCCACAGAGUCAGCAACUGCCGAUACCGCUGAGGCCAGUGCUCCAGACGUCCAAGAUGGCGGAAAGGAACCGUCACAAGAUGUCACUGAGGCCAAAGAGGAUAGCAAGCCAGAUGCUGAAGGGUCAGAGGAAACGAAGAAGGUUGAUUCUGCUGCAGAAUCGGCUGAUGAAGAGGGUGGAGCAAAGGCUCAAGAUUAGGUUAUCACGGGCAAGGCUCAACGGGUAGUAUUUCAGAGAGCUGCCGUCGUGUACAUUAAGCGUAGGAGUAGGACGGGAUAAUGACUUGGCAGAGCAGAUCGGGAUGGUAUCAUUUGCAUCAGCACACAUAGAUAUCAGGCACGGCAUGAUAUGGCUUAAGGAGCCGCAUUACUAGACAUUAGUACCUGAUAGUAGUUGGGAUCUAAG